AUGGCACAUAAAAAAUCUGAUGAAGAAAGUAUUGAUUCUUUAAUGGAAUAUGAUGUCCCAACUACGAUUCAUGACAUAGAUUUGGAUAAUACAAGUGAACAUAAGACACAUUAUUCUAUUCCACUGGAAACUACAGAUUCCAAUAAAUCAUUACAAAGAAUUUAUACAUCAGGUACAAAUAAUGAAUAUUUAUAUAUUGGUAGACAAAAGUUUUUAAGAUCAGAUCUUUUGGAUGCCUUUGGUGGUACAUUGAAUCCAGGUUUAGCCGCUCCUUCUUCGCAUAGUUUUGCUAAUCCUGCACCAUUAGGCCUUUCCGGAUUUGGUUUAACAACUUUUGUUCUAUCUAUGUUCAAUGCACAUGCUCAAGGUGUAGAAAUACCCAACGUCGUAGUGGGUCUGGCUAUAUUUUAUGGCGGAUUGGUGCAACUUAUUGCUGGUAUCUGGGAGAUAGCUUUAGAAAAUACAUUUGGUGGUACAGCAUUAUGCUCUUUUGGUGGAUUUUGGUUAUCGUUUGGAUCCAUAUAUAUUCCAUGGUUUGGUAUCCUUGAUGCAUACGAGGGUAAAUCAGAUGAAUUAGCAAAUGCUCUAGGAUUUUAUCUUUUAGGCUGGUGUAUCUUCACAUAUGGUCUUUGUUUGUGUACUAUGAAAUCGACUCUAAUGUUUUUUUCGUUAUAUUUUUUCUUAGGGUUGACUUUCCUAUUACUUUCUAUUGCACAAUUUACACAAAAUGCUAAUGUUAACAAGGCUGGUGGUAUAGUCGGGGUAAUUGUUGCAUUUAUUGCAUGGUAUUUGGCAUAUGCUGGUUUGGCUACAAAAUAUAACUCCUAUUUGACCGUGCAUACAAUACCAUUACCUACAAACCAAAAGACUAUUUUAGAUUUAAAAUAA